UAGCAUUUAGCGUUGUAUUGAUUCCAGAGCUGCUGGAGUUAGUUGCUCAGUGAUCGCCUGUAUCAGCCUGAAACAAAAUGGAGAAAAUCCCUCUUUUGGGUCUUGGCACCUGGAAGUCUUCUCCACAGCAAGUGACUGAAGCAAUAAAGAUUGCUAUAGACUUGGGUUACCGACACUUUGACACUGCCUUUUUCUACCAUAAUGAAAAGGAGGUGGGAGAAGGUAUCCAGCAAAAGAUCAAAGAAGGCAUUGUGAAACGGGAGGAUCUUUUCAUUGUGACCAAGCUCUGGAAUACCUUCCAUGAGAAGCACCUCGUGAAAAGUGCUUGCCAAAAUAGCUUGAAGAAUCUCCAGUUGGACUACUUGGACCUUUACCUUGUUCAUUGUCCUAUGGGUUUUAAGGUAGGAGAUGAUGAUAUUCCAACAGAUCAGAAUGGGAUGAUUAUUGCCAGUGAAACAGACUACUUGGACACAUGGGAGGCCAUGGAGGAUCUGGUGGAAGAGGGACUGGUGAAAACUAUAGGGAUUUCAAACUUUAACCACAAACAAAUUGAGAGACUUUUGAAUAAGCCUGGCUUACGGUACAAGCCAACAAACAACCAGAUAGAGUGCCACCCAUUCCUUACUCAGGAGAAGCUGAUCAACUAUUGCCAUUCGAAAGGUAUCUCUGUGACAGCCUAUCGUCCACUUGGAGGCACAAGUGAUUUCUUCAAUGAGCCUAUUAUUAAGAAGAUUGCAGAAAAAUAUAAGAAAUCUGUGGCUCAGGUUUUGAUCCGAUUUCAUAUACAGAGAAAUGUGAUAGUAAUCCCUAAAUCUGUCACACCAAGUCGAAUAAAAGAGAACUUUCAGGUGUUUGAUUUUGAACUUUCAAAAGAAGACAUGGAUUCCCUCCUUAGCCUGAAUAGGAAUCUUCGAUUGGCUACAUUUCCUUAUGCUAAAAAUCACAAAGACUAUCCUUUCAACAUAGAAUACUGAAGAUGAUCUCCACUGGCCUUCUUGUUUUGCCUUUCCCAGCAGAAUGCAAAGACAGCAAUCUUAACUUCUAGAAAACUUCCUCUAUAUCCCAUACCCCAGAAAGUGAUUUGUAGUUUAAAAAAAAUGUAUAGAGGAGCAGCUUUGAUUGGGAAAUAUAAAGAAUUGGAGGGUGGCCAAACUUUGCAUUUUUUUGCAGUCUCUAGUGCUGUCUAAGCAACUGAAGACAGUAUAUUAAGAUAUUUUAGAAUACUGACCUAUAAAUCACCAAUAAUCUGUAUGUUAUAGUACCUAACUAUACCUUAUCCAGUUAAUUCACUGUGGAGAAAUACAUGAUAUAAAUAAAGUAAUGGUAAGUGAAAUAAUAAAGAUUCAAUUUGAUCAUAA